UCCGAGAACGCGCGAGGCAUUCGCGCCAGGAAUCAACAUGGCCGUCUUGCCAACGGCAAGCGGUCGCCUCUGCACAGCGCUGCUUCUGUUGGUGGCGCUGGGUUACGCGAGUGUCCACUCUUACGACACCGAGGACGUGCAGGCCGGCGGCCGGCAGCAAGAGCUCGAAGUGGUCGGUCGUAUUCUGAGCGUCUUCGCCAAGCAGGAGAAAGACCCCUGCAUUCCGCGGGGAAGAAUCCUGGCCAUCAUACAGACGGCAAAGCCCAGGUACAAUGCAACCCUUUCAGUGAUCAUGGUAUUCCUAUCCAACCUAGUUCUGGCAUUCAACGUCUUCGUGAUGGUAGCCACGCGCUACCUACGCUUCGACAUCCGCAACAGCAUCGUAAAGAUCCUUCAAGAAACGGCAGACUCGUAGGGCUACG